CUGUUUGGAUCUGGCAUGUGUUUAUUUCUAAGAAAAACGGAGCGCCGUUGCCUCCUGCUGAUAUUUUUUGUACAACGUUUUAGAAAUUCGGGCAGUAUAGAUAACCGGGAAAGUCCCACUACGGAGAGGGGACCGCACUUGCCGAACUGCCCAACGCAAUUCCCUUUAAGUUGCAGAAUUUAAAGUUUUCACAUUCAGUGGAACUGUCGUUUCGAUCUCCGUGUCGGGAGGACUCGGAGCGAGGGUCUGUGUGCGGAUGCAACGAAUGCGUGUAGAUUGCAUCCGGUGAUCGCCAUCCUCAAAAUGAAUGUUAAUCGCCUACUCAGCGGCGCGUCUUAAAUCUAGCCUGCACGAUGGUUAAGUGGGAAAGAAACACUUCAUUAAAUGUGGUUUAUUGAUCGGCGAGGGAUGAUUAUAGUAUGCUGCGCAUUAUUUUAUAGCGAUGUGUGUUUAACGUUCUAACUUGUCCCACUUUUAUUAAUUUGGUAGACGACAGAUUUGAUGACGGAGCGGCGUUGUUAACUCUAGGUAUCAGAAGGGGACUGGUUCCUACUCGUGGUGUGUGUAAUUACUGACUUCAGCUCCCCUCGCUUAACAUACACGCACUGGGAUAACAUCCGCGUGGCGGCGGUGUUUUCUCAGCCAUCAAACAAAUACAACCCUCAGUGUAGAAUCCAAGUCAUCGUGUCAAUGGGAGCCCAACUUUUAAUGGGGAAUUGAUCAGGCGGGGUCGUUGAUCAUCGCCCGUCAGCGACGAGCCAGCGCUGGCCUUCCUGAGCUGUUACUUGCAUUCUAAUCUUCUUCCCUUCCCCAGGCCAAAUGACAUAGGAUGAGGGCCUUUGGCGACCUGAUGACUUAUGUGUUUGCAACCCAUCUGCUGGUUAUGGUUGGAUUUAACGUUGCCGAGGACCUGUGCUCCGCCUUCGUGAAAGGAGUCAUUUACGGAUCAUAUUCGCUCAACGAAUUGUUUCCUCAAAACUCCACCAACUGCACCUGGACUUUGGAAAACCCAGAUCCGACCAAAUACACAAUCUACCUGAAAUUUUCUAAGCGGGACCACGGCUGCUCCAGCUUCUCCCUAUGGGCUUAUCAGUUCGACCACUACUCUCCUGAGAAGAUCCGGGACCUACUGAGGAACGCCAAGUCCGUCGUUCACUUGUGCCAGGCGAGGAGUAUGCUUGUGUUUUUAGAGUUUGACAAGAACUUCGUCCAGUUGCGCCGUAUGGUUCAGCCCGAGGUGACGGCGGGACAGGCCCGGGGCAAGGGGCAGAGCGAAAGGCCAGCGUUCGAGUUUCUGGUCUUGAACAAGGUGAGCCCAAGCCAGUUCGGCUGCCAGGUACUCUGCGGCUGGUUGCAGAGUUGCCUGAGAGCCGAGGGCCAGGAGAGAGGGCAAGGAGACGGUGGAGGAGGGAGAGAAGGAGACGACAAGAAGGAGCCGGAGGAGGGCUCAUGCGGGGUGAUGGACGCCAAGUGCAAUUGUCAGCAGGAUGUGAUGACGGGGGUGGACGGGCUCGACAUGGUAUUACCACUCAAUGCGGAUACGGAGGGCUGCCUCUCCGCCCGCCCCCACGCCUCUCACACAUGUAACCUGACCGAUGGAAAGCGAGCGCCCAGAAAAGAAUUUGGAAUGAUGAAAGAGCAUACAAUAAAAAGUCAGCGACCUCGAUCAGUUCAUGAGAGAAAGGUCCCUCAGGAACAAGCUGAUGCUGGUAAAAUUAUGCCACAUACUGGAGACCCUGUUACAGAAGAAUGGACCCAGUGGAGUAUGUGUUCAGUAACAUGUGGUCAAGGGUCGCAGGUGCGAACCAGAGCUUGUGUAUCAUCUUACGGGAUACUGUGCAGCGUGCCUUUAAGAGAAUCAAGGGUUUGCAAUAACACUGUCCUCUGUCCAGUGCAUGGAGUCUGGGAAGACUGGUCACCCUGGAGCUUAUGCUCAUUUACUUGUGGUAGAGGCCAACGGACAAGGUCUAGAUCAUGCAGUUCUCCUCAGCAUGGUGGGCGCGUGUGUGAUGGGCCAGAGUCACAGACAAAGAUCUGCAACAUCGCUUUGUGCCCAGUUGAUGGGCAUUGGAAAGAGUGGAGUUCUUGGAUGGACUGCUCGGUGACCUGCUCCAAUGGGACACAGCAGAGAACCCGCCAGUGCACGACAGCAGCUCACGGUGGCUCUGAGUGCAGGGGACACUGGGCUGAGAGCAGAGAAUGCUUCAAUUCCGACUGCACAGAGGAUGGGAAGUGGAAUCCCUGGGGCCACUGGAGUGGAUGCUCCAAGUCGUGUGAUGGGGGCUGGCAGAGAAGGAUCCGUGUGUGCCAGGGACUGGCCGUCACGGGAAGGCCUUGCGAAGGACUCGGUGAAGAGAUUCAGAAGUGCAGCGAGCAGAGGUGUCCGGCUCCCUACGAGAUAUGUCCUGAAGACUAUCUGAUGGCGAUGGUGUGGAGGAGAACAGCAGCUGGGGACUUUGCAUUCAAUAGAUGCCCACCAAAUGCAACAGGCACUACUAGUCGACGCUGCUCUCUUGAUCGUACUGGAAUUGCGUACUGGGAGUCACCCAGCUUUGGAAGAUGCAUCUCCAACGAGUACCGACACUUACAGCAUACAGUUAAGGAACAUCUUGCAAAGGGACAGAGGACACUAGCAGGUGAAGGAAUGUCUCAAGUAACCAAAACGCUCCUGGAUUUAACCCAAAGAAGGAACUUCUAUGGUGGGGAUCUUUUGGCCUGUGUUGAAAUUCUUCGGAAUGUCACCGACACGUUUAAAAGAGCAAGUUACAUACCUUCAUCCGACGAUGUUCAGAAUUUCUUUCAGAUCAUCAGUAAUCUUCUUGAAGAGGAAAACAGGGAGAAGUGGGAAGAUGCGCAACAGGUGUACCCUGGAUCGGUGGAGUUAAUGCAAGUUAUUGAAGAUUUCGUCCAUGUUGUAGGCAUGGGCAUGAUGGAUUUCCACAAUUCCUACUUAAUGACUGGAAACUUAGUGGCCAGCAUUCACAAGCUGCCUGCAGCAUCCGUCCUGACCGAUAUCAACUUCCCCAUGAAAGGAAGGAAGGGAAUGGUCGACUGGGCAAGGAACUCUGAAGACAAAAUUAUUAUUCCAAAAAACAUAUUCAUACCCUCAUCGCCAGACUUGGAUGAAUCCUCUGUUUUUGUACUUGGCACGAUAUUUUACAAGAACUUGGGACUUAUUUUGCCCUCCCCAAGAAAUUACACAGUUGUGAAUUCGAAAGUGAUUGCUGUAACAGUUAGACCGGAACCACAAAUUAGCGAAUCUGUGCUGGAGAUCGAACUGGCUCACUUGGCGAAUGGAACUUAUAAUCCAUACUGUGCACUGUGGGAUUAUGGCAAAAUGAACGAGUCUGCCGGAGCCUGGUCCACUCUGGGAUGCAAAACUGUGCUUACCGAUGCAUCCCACACCAAAUGCCUGUGUGAUCGCCUCUCGACAUUCGCCAUUUUGGCUCACCAACCCCGAGAAAUAAACAUGGACAACGCUGAUAUGCCUUCGGUCACGCUAAUCGUAGGAUGUGGUCUUUCCUGUAUAGCCCUCAUCACUCUAGCAGUGGUCUAUGCUGUGUUGUGGAGGUACAUCCGAUCGGAAAGGUCGAUUAUUUUGAUAAACUUCUGUCUCUCCAUCAUCUCAUCCAAUAUCCUGAUCGUGGUUGGACAAACACAGACUCAUAAUAAGGGUGUUUGCACAAUGACCACUGCCUUUCUGCAUUUCUUCUUUCUGGCUUCCUUCUGCUGGGUUUUGACUGAGGCUUGGCAAUCUUACAUGGCGGUCACAGGGAAGAUUAGAACAAGGCUCAUCCGCAAACGCUUUCUAUGCCUUGGCUGGGGAUUGCCUGCAUUGGUGGUGGCAAUAUCUAUGGGAUUUACAAAGGCUAAAGGAUAUGGUACAUCAAAUUACUGCUGGCUGUCACUGGAGGGAGGCCUUUUAUAUGCAUUUGUUGGACCUGCAGCAGCUGUUGUUCUGGUCAACAUGGUGAUCGGCAUUUUAGUUUUUAAUAAACUCGUGUCAAGAGACGGAAUCCUAGAUAAAAAGCUAAAACAUAGAGGAGGUCAGAUGAGUGAGCCCCAUAGCGGCCUGACCCUCAAAUGUUCCAAGUGCGGAGUUGUUUCAACGACAGCCUUGUCAGCCACCACUGCCAGUAAUGCCAUGGCGUCUCUGUGGAGUUCCUGUGUGGUGUUACCCCUCCUCGCUCUGACCUGGAUGUCAGCGGUGCUGGCAAUGACCGACAAGCGAUCCAUCUUGUUUCAGAUCCUGUUUGCUGUGUUUGACUCACUGCAAGGAUUUGUCAUUGUCAUGGUGCACUGCAUCCUGAGGAGAGAGGUUCAAGAUGCUUUUCGAUGUCGACUGAGGAACUGUCAGGAUCCAAUGGCUGGAGAUACUGCAGGCACUUUUCCAAAUGGUCAUGCUCGGAUUAUGACAGACUUUGAAAAGGACGUGGACAUUGCUUGUCGGUCAGAUCAUCUUGAACAGCACCAUCGAUCAUCCCAGAUCAAGAGUUUUUGUAGAACUGGCCAUACUAAAAUGAUGCCUAACUAUCCAAGCACAGUCCUUCACAAGGAUAUGGGAAGCUGUCGAGCUGCUACCAUUACAGGCGGCACCCUGUCAAGGAUAUCUCUGAACGAUGAUGAAGAUGAGAAAGGGAUGAAUCCCAAAGGCAUGAAUUUUUCAACCCUCCCAGGAAAUAUGAUUUCUAAAGUUUUGAUACAACAGCCACCGACUAUGCAUGUGCCAAUUGGAAUGAAUGAGUUGACUGAGCAGUGUAUAAAGAAGGACAACUGUGAACUGCGACGGACAGUCUACUUAUGCACUGACGACAAUCUACGAGCUGGGGACGCUGAAUUGGCUCAGGCCCAAGAGAGGAUGAUGGAGAGUGACUACAUUGUCAUGCCAAGAGGCUCUGCAAAUGUCCAACCUAUCAUUAAGGAUGAAAGCAAAUUAAAUAUCAGCAUGGAAGGCAUGCCACACGAUAGGUUAAUGCAUUUUAAGGUUAACCCUGAAUUUA